AUGGAGCUUCGAAACAAGCUUGCAAUCUUAAAGCCUCACUAUAAAUAUCUUGCGCCCGAGGAGCUUACCGGGGUUGUUGGUAGAGCGCUGUUUUGGUGGAUCAACCCUAUUCUCAAGGAUGGUUACGAUGAUUUUUUAACACAAGAUGACUUACCAAACCUUGACCGAGCUCUCUCCUCGAGAGUGUUACGGAAGCGGUUGAUCCGGGCUUGGACAGAGAGAUCAAAACCAGAGAGCAGGUUCGCCUUGCCUCAUGUUCUCUUUGGUUGUUUUCGGGCAGAGUUUCUAUCACCUAUUGUACCACGUUUGUUCUUGAUAGCUUUCCGCUACUCACAGCCGAGUCUAAUUAAGAUUGCUAUCAAUUUUGUGCGGAUUGACAGUCCACAGCGCGAUAAUGUUGAUUCGGGAUACUGGCUAAUCGUGUUAACUACUGUCAUAUAUUGCGGUCUAGCAGUUUCCACAUCGAUAUAUCGACACAAGCUCAACCGGCUCCAGAUUAUGAUGCGGGGGGCUCUUGUUGGCCUUCUUCAUGAUCGGUCACUCAGGGUUGAAAAACCUCCUAUUGGGGAUGGAAAGGCCUUAACACUUAUGAGCUCAGAUGUCGAUAGCCUCACCAACUCUGCAGAAAUGUUCCACGAGACUUGGGCACAAGUCAUAGAAACUUUGGUCGGAACGACUCUCCUUGCAAGCCAAGUUGGAUGGUUUGCGCUACUACCCCUACUGAUUGUAUUUGGGUGUUCGCAAAUGAGCGCAUAUGUUGCAAAGCAUCUUCAGGGGAGACAGAAGGACUGGAGUGCUGCAACUCAGGAUCGCCUUUCAAUGCUUACCUCAGUCCUUGGGGGUAUUAGAAGUAUGAAAAUUCUAGGUCUCGAUGAGGCCACUAACCUGCUUGUCUCAAAUCUAAGGGCCCGAGAGAUUGCAAAGUCGAUAAGAUUGCGGUGGAUUAUGGUAGCAUACAACGCCAGCGCUAAUGCGCUAGGGAUAUUCUCCCCGGUUUUGACAUUGGUGCUAUUCGCAUUUUCUCGCAAUGCACAGGAUGCCCUAGAUGCUGAUAUUGUCUUCACCUCAAUCGCUCUUCUUGGCCUGGUCACUCAUCCCGCUAAUAUGGUCAUGACGAUAGUACCUCGUGCAGUUGCAUCCUUGGCGAAUUUUGAAAGGAUACAAGUCUACCUGACUCAAGGAUCAUUGAGAGAUGAGCGUGUGUUUACAUCUUCCGGCACCCUAGGGAGAAAGGACAACCAGCAACCUAGUCCCAAAUUGGCAUUCGCGCUAGAAGAUGUCAGCAUCCAACUCUCUAGCUCACAGCCAGUUCUUCAAAAUGUUAAUCUUCGGAUGACUGAAGGUACAAUUUCCAUGUGCUCAGGGCCCAUUGGCAGUGGAAAGUCAGCCCUGGCAUUGACAAUCCUAGGGGAAAUCAAUCCCACUGAGGGUAAGAUUACUAUUGCACAUGACAGUAUAGCGUAUUGCAGCCCUUCUGUCUGGCUUCCUAUUGCUUCCAUACGGGAUGUUAUUUGUGGACAAUCAAGCAUCUUUGAUGCAGACUGGUACCAGACUGUCAUCCAAGCCUGCAGUCUUAAUACCGAUUUUGGAUCCCUAAUCGAUGGAGAUAUGACCUGGGUUGGAAGUGGUGGUAUCAAUCUUUCUGGGGGACAAAAGUCUCGCAUUGCUCUUGCUCGUGCAGUUUAUUCUCGUUGUCGUAUUAUGAUUUUGGAUGAUCCGUUUAGUUCCAUUGAUGGAGCAGUCGAGAACCAUAUCAUCAAUGCCUUGCUUGGCCCUAAAGGGAUUUUACGCACGUUGAAAACCACCGUCUUUCUCAUCACUCAGGGCACUCAGUAUUAUCCCCUGGCCGAUGAGAUUAUUCUACUCGAUGAAGGAAAAGUACAAGCCCAGAGGUCCUCCGAUGCUAUCCUUCAAACGCCAAGCCAUAUUCCACAAAAGAAGCUAGAGAACGAUAAACCCGAAACUGUUGCCAACUCACAGACAUAUAGAAUACGAAUAGAUGAUGCCGCUGUCGAUAAAUUAAGGAGGACUGGGGAUUCGGCAGUUUACGUCGACAAGGAAAUGCCUCCUGCCUUCGCAAAUCUCAGCACCCAAAUCUUCAAACUUAUCAUGCAGUCCAUCCUCCUAUUUGUGGCUCAGCCCGCUGUAGCUAUGACUUUACCAUUCUGCGCCAUUUGUGUAUACUUCAUUCAGCAGAUCUAUCUCAGAACUUCUCGCCAAUUGCGUUUCAUCGACCUAGAGUCAAAAGCAAAACUUUAUACAAGUUUCCUAGAGACAAUUGAAGGAAUUUCUACAAUUCGCGCGUUUGGAUGGGAAGAUAGAAUUGCGAUCAACAACAUUGAGAAACUCGAUAUCUCGCAGAGGCCAUUGUAUCUUCUUCUUUGUUUACAGAGGUGGCUCAACGUGGUUCUGGAUUUGUUAAUUGCCGGGAUUGCUGUGGUUUUAAUUGGUUCCGCAGUGAGAUUUCGAAACACAGCCACUGGUGCUGAUAUGGGCAUUGCGCUGAACAUGGUCAUUGCUGCCAACACAACAUUACUCCGCCUAGUUGAAAGUUGGACAAAUCUUGAGACCUCCCUCGGCGCAGUAUCACGCCUGCGAUCCAUUGAUCAAGACACCCCUUCGGAAGAUGAAGUCUGCAACUGCUUGGAGCCCUCUCCCGAAUGGCCAAGCAUGGGUUCCGUGAAAAUCAGCGACAUAUCAGCAGGCUACGAUUCGCAGGUGCCAGUUCUUCGCGGGGUUAACAUGGAUAUUCGAGGUGGCUCAAAUGUCAUUUUGAGUGGCCGAACUGGAAGUGGAAAAAGUAGUCUUUUUCUUACCCUGCUGCAGUUGUUGAGACCCCAGAGUGGAACAAUUGAGGUUGAUGGCGUUGAUAUCUCUAAUAUGCCGGUGCAUGUUGUACGGCGACGCUGCUUCAUUGCUGUACCUCAGGACCCUUUCAUACUGCCUGAUGCAAGCCUUCGGUUCAACCUCGAUCCCUACGAUCAACAUCGAGAUGAUACAAUCUUCGAAAUUCUGUCCAAGACUGGGCUUUGGUCAACAAUAUCUCCUUCAAAGAUCCGAGACAGUUCCUUGAGCAGGACAGGAAACAUGAUUGUUCCAGAUACCCCAAAUUUGGAUCUUCUCGACCAACCGUUGGCUAGUUUGCCGCCAUUCUCUACGGGCCAGAGGCAGAUAUUUGCCUUCACGCAGGCGUUACUAAGAAUCCGUUCAUCAGGUCAGACCGACGACAUUAUGAUUAGCCAACCAAAGCCCAUCCUGCUUCUGGAUGAGGCCAGCUCAUCCUUGGACUUCGAAACGGAAAUCAGGAUGCAGGAAAUGCUGAGAUAUUAUUUUACAAACCAAGGACACACCACCAUUGCCAUUGCCCACCGACUCAAAGCCCUGGAAAAGGACAUGAGACCAGGAUUGGACACUGUAGUGUGGAUGGCAGAUGGGAGGCCCGAGGAGGUCGGUGGUUAUAGUGGGCACAUUUUGGAUACGGACGUCGAUGGUAAUCACUUGGAUUAG